GGUCCAGGGACAACUGCCUGCUUAAAGGCUGCUCCCCUGUAAGCAAGUAAUUGGCACUCUCUUCCCUGCACGCCUUCCAGGGAGCCGCAGCUCCACCCUGCAUUAUGGACCCUGCUUUGCCCCUGGGACUCUGGCUUCUGCCGCUGCUCUUGGUGGGUUCCGCUCGCGGUCUCGCUUCAGGAUCCGCCCAAGGGAAUAACUUAGAGAUCUGCCUUUUGCCUUUGGAGAGGGGACCUUGUCGGGCUCUCAUCUCCAGGUUCUACUAUGAUAGGAACCGGCAGAGGUGCCGCAAAUUCAAGUACGGGGGCUGCCUGGGCAACGCCAACAAUUUCCACAGUUUGGAUCUCUGUCAACACACUUGUGGGAAUAUCGAGAAAGUCCCUACAGUUUGUCGGUUAGAACUCAACACGUACCCAUGUGACAAGCCCAACGUGCAGUAUUUCUUCAAUCUGAAUACCAUGACCUGCGAACCCCUUAGCCUUGAUCUGUGUAGCAAAUCUAUGAACAUAUUCUCCGAUGAAGAUACUUGUAAGAACCGCUGUGAACCAAGGAAAAUUCCAUCAUUUUGCUCCAGUCCAAAAGAUGAAGGCCUGUGUUCUGCCAAUAUGACGCGCUAUUAUUUUAAUUCAAGAAACAAAGCCUGUGAGACCUUCACCUACACUGGCUGUGGUGGAAAUGAAAAUAACUUUUAUUACCUGGAUGAUUGUGACCGUGCUUGCGUUAAAGCCUCAAAGAAGUCAAAGAAAAGGAAGACAGGAAGUGGUUUCAGAAUCAGAAUAAAGCCCAGACGUUGGAUUCCCCGUUUGAAGCAUUCCCUUCUACUUGAGGAAACAAAUCAUUAGUAAUUGAUUCAUCUGGUUUACGGUUGUCACAUUUUUACUUAUGUUUUUUAUUCAUAACAAGCUGCCUUCCAAAUGUUAAGUUAAAAAUUUUAAUUUACGCCGGGCCGUGGUGGCGCACGCCUUUAAUCCCAGCACUCCGGAGGCAGAGGCAGGUGGAUCUCUGUGAGUUCG